UGAAUGGCAUGUAGUGUGUGUUAAUGAGCAGCAGGGUGUGCCCUAGAAAUGCACGCUCAGGUGUGAGUGAUGUGGUUUUGCUGGUUUAUCCCCGAGGCGCGCACACACACACACACACACACACACACACAUGUUCACUCAGAAACAAGUACUACAGCAGAGCAGUGCUCAACAUAUGAGAAGAAGUGAUCUGAAAACACAUCAAUCUGUGCAUCUUCUGUUUGAUGGACAUUUCUACACUUUCAGAAAAGAAAAUCUGUUGGAGAAUUAGUUGAAGAGAUGUGACGAGCUGAAGGAAUAAUGUUGAUAUUCCAACAGAAGAGGAGUAUUAUUAUUCAUCUGGCAGGACUGUAAGUGAGAAUGUACUGUAUGGACAUGAAACCACGUUUGGUUCGAUCCAAACCCGUCCUGCGCAGGAAUCUGUGUCGAGCGAGACGCUUCCUUCACCAUCCGCACGAGGAACACUCAACCACACAAACCCAAACCAGAACUCGGAUGAUUACCAGGGACUGCAGCCUCACCGCGAUGAAUGUUGAGUCCUGGGCGGACUCACCUGACCUCCCGACCCCGCAGCAGCCCGACAGGUUGUGCCUGGAGUCCUUCUGGAGCGAAGUGGAGACCAUCCGGAGCGACUCGGAGCCCGACAGCAGCAGACGAGAUUCCCGACAGUCUGAAGACGGCGAGCAGGAGGAGCUCUGGCUGCAGGAUGCUGGUUUGUCUCUGGUAACAGGUGAAGAAGAGGACGUGGAUAAAGCCGUUCUGUUGUCGACUCUCACGAAGACUCAAGCAGCGGCGGUUCAGAGACGCAUCGACUCGUACACCUGCUCGCUGCGCAAGAGGAAUAAAACACCAGCGCGACACGUCAGAGACGUCUUCGCUUCCCCCAUUGCUCAGUCAGCAGUUCCUGAGACACACAACAGUGAACCUGACACACACAGAAACAUGGAGAGUGUGACAAAGACACAACGAUCAGCUGUCAGCGGUCAGGAAACUCAAGGGCUACAGAUGGAUGAGAUCUUUAUCACAGAUGUGGCAUAUUGUGAACAAGCAGCCAUCUUACUGAAACAAGCCAAACUACCACAGAACAACAGCAGCCAGUGCAGGAGAGACGACGGAGCUCUGCCGCGGGUCAUCUGUCCACAGUGCCGGCUGGGAGUGACGCGGGUGCUGGAUCUUUCCCAGCAGGACAUGAAGAAGGUUCGUCAGCUGGCUCUGAUUGACAUGACAGCGCUCUGCGACCUGCUGGGGCUCGAGGUCAAACGACACAAAACCAGCAAACGGAAAAUCCCUGAGAGCUGUUUGUUCGGCGUUCCUCUCGCCUCAUUGGUGGAGAGCGAUCAGAAGAUCAAACCCAGCACUCAGAUCCCACUCUUGCUCCAAACACUUCUGUCGUUUCUGGAGAAGAAGGGUCUUGAUUCUGAAGGGAUUCUGCGGGUUCCAGGGUCUCAGUACAGAAUCAAAGUGCUGCAGCAGAAGCUGGAGAACUCGUUUUACAGCGGUUCGUUCAGCUGGGAUGAGGUCAGUCCCAAUGACGCCGCCGCUCUGCUCAAGAAGUUCAUCCGUGAACUCCCCGCACCGCUGCUGACCGCCGAACACCUCAACAGCUUCAGCGCCGUCAGAGAUAUUGCAGACCUGAAGCAGAAGCUACACGUGUUGAAUCUUCUUGUGCUGCUGCUGCCAGAACCCAACAGAAACACACUGAAGGCGCUGCUGGAGUUCCUCAGUAAGGUGGUGUUAUGUGAGCGGCGUAACCGCAUGAACCUGUGGGCCGUCUCCACCAUCAUGGCUCCAAACCUCUUCCUGCACAAAGCUGUUCCCAGUAAACUAGCGGUGGACGGUCCAGAGAAGGGUCAGGCGGAGCGGGCGGCAGACAUCAUGAGACUCCUCAUCCGCUACCAGGACCUGCUGUGGACGGUUCCUAACUUCCUGUUGAGUCAGGUGAGGAAGCUGAACGAGAACAGCAGCCGUCGCUAUCAGUUCUACGACAAACGCAUCAAGCACCUGCUCAGGAAGAUCCACACGGACAGCAGAGACAAACCUGACAAGAACUCCGGAGAGCAGUGUCGGACUGUAAAGAUCCAGCUGGGUGACGUGAGUUUCUCGAUGGAGUUUCGUCUCACUAUUAAUUCUCGUGCUUCAGAUCUGAUGUCUCAGUUUUAUAAAGAACUACACACCUCCGACAACGGCAGGGGACUCCUGAAACGAAAUGGUUCAACAAGCUACCCAGACUGUGCUCUCUAUGAAGUGGGCGGGAAUAUCGGUGAACACUGUUUGGAUCCAGAGACUCAUUUGUUCGACCUGUACAACAACAACCCCGGCGGUGAGUGGAUCAUCAAACGGAGAUCGUCCAGCAGAGGGCAGUAGAGACACACGAGAGCGCCACAGGAGACCUUUGACCCCUGAGGAGAGGGUCUGAACACUGAGAUCUGUCUGAUGUCAUGAAGCUGGACUUCUGCACUGAGUUUGGACUCUGUUGAUGUUGUGUUGUGCUGGUGUGAUGCUGAAGGGCCGCUGGAGAUUGUUGGAUUAUUUAUUAAGCGGCAGAGCAGCUGUGUUUGUAGAUGUGAUGAAUGAAUGUCAGGUGUUGUGCUGUCACAGAUCUGGUGCCUCGCAGUAUUAAACACACGACUCGGUGUGAGUCUCAGCGCGAGUCUGGAGCGUCAUUGGACACUUCAGAUAAACUCUCUCUCUCUCUCUCUCUCUCUCUCUUCUGUCGUUGAUCCAGUUAUUACCUUCAGUACUACUUUUAAGUAUGUUAUUGUACUAUAUUGAAGCACUUCCAAGCUGAGUUUGUCUCUCUGAUUGUAUUUCUUUGACUCUAACUUAAUGUUUAAGACACAUUCAGAUAGUAUUGUGCAUCUCACACACACACACACACACACACUCAUUUAUCAUUCCAGCAGCUCAUAUAGUCGUGUCAGAGUCGUGUGAGUGUUAGUCAGAUCAUGCUGUGUAAUAGUGUAUAACAUCCAUCACACACUGUCAGUCUCAUCCUGCUACACACACACACACACACACACACACACACACACACACACAGAAAGAGAUUUUUUCGUGGUUUUGCGAAUGGUAAGAGAACAUUCCAAUCUAUCAUUUUGCAAACAUUAUGGGAAUGUUACUUUGUUCCCUGAACAUUCUGAAAAAGUAGUUACAUUAAAAAAACGAUAUUUGAACGUCCGGCUGAAAGCUUCCAUGAACAAUGUAUAUAAUGUUUUCGACAUGGUUACCAGGAUGAUCCUUCCUGUUGGAUAUAUGUGUGAGGAGUUCCUCUUUAGCGCAUCUGAACGGUCAGAGCUGUGUGACGCUGGCGUGUUCUUCAGUGUCUGAUGUCACAGUCGGUUGGUCAGGGACAAAGACUGAAGAAGGAUGUUCUGUCAGCAGUAAUAAUCAGAUGUAGGUCAACGCUGACGCCUGCGGCCAACACAUGCGCCACUUCCCAUCAACACACAAACACUCACACACACACACACUCUCUCUUUAACAAUCUUACUGUUUGUUUGUCAUACAAAUAAAUGCAAAUUACAUAAGCAGUGUUUUAGAUCAAUCUCUGAAUCGAUGGUGUUUUAAUAAUCUGUGUAUUUUACUGCACUGCUAAAAUGAUGUUCUUCCUCAGGAUUUUUGUCUUGUUUUCCAGUACGGCUGAAUUUAAAAUCAAGAAGCAUUUACUAGAGAUGCAAAAAGAUUCUAAGUGCGUUUAUGCUAAUAACGUGGGGUCAGAAACAUUCAUUUGAAUUAGGUUAGGGUUAGGGUUUGCAGCUGUUUUAAUCAUGAAUUCACUUCAUUUUGAUCAGUUUCUUAUGUUUUAUGUCAUUUUGCAUCUCCAGUAAAUGCCUCUUGAUUUGAGAAUGUUUAGCUGGAAAACAAGACAGGAAUACAGAGGAGGAAAGUCAUGUUUGCAGCAAGCAGCUCCUGUAAUGUGAAAGAUAUUGCAUUAAACGCUUGUAAAUGUGACGAUGGCUUUUGUAAACAGGUUUGUAUUCAUGAUGUAAUAAAUGACUUUGAAUGAUCUGAA